AUGACGCGUGAUGGAAGUCAUGGCAUGGAGGUGGAUGAAACAUCACAAGAUGAACAGGUAUUUGAACUCUGUCCAGCAGCAUGCAAAGAAAGUAGUGUUCGAUUGCCCGGGGCUAGUGGAUUUUGCUAUUGGGCUAGUGAAUUCUGUUUUUAACUUGCCCGAUGGGCAAGUGAUGUUUUUUUGAGAAAUUCAAAUAACAGAAGAACUGUGAAAUCAAUUCUGCUAGUAAAAAAGUUUUUGGGGCUGGUUGAAAUGACGUCUGGGCUAGUAAAUGCUAGCUUUAGCUUGCCUGAAUGGCAAGCUGUAAAAAUGAUUUUCUUUGCACCGUGUCCAGUCAUAAGUAGGUCGAAUACAAUUUUCCAGAUGCAUACAGUCAAGAAUCUUAAAGACAGUAAGCGAUGUCUCCGCAACAUUAGGGUUAUUCAUGUACUCCUAUCAAAACCAUACUCUACCUUUAAAAUUUCAUUGUAAAUUCACCUUACAAAGUCAAAUUCAUUCGUAUAAUAUAAGAAACUCAUGUAAAUUUCGUCUGCCUUUCUGUCGUACUCGAACCAAGCAAUUUUCCGUUUUUUAUCAAGGACCUAAAUUUUACAACACCUUAAACACCAACAUCAUCAACGCUUCCUCACCUUUCUCCUUUAAAAGAGCACUUAAGGCAUUUAUUUGUAAUAAUUAUUAGUAUACUUCAACAAAAAUCUUGGGAAAAAGCCUUUUAAUAUUCAACAUUUGUAAACUUCCGUGAUAGUGAUUAGUUUAAUUUUUCACCUGAUAUUAUAUUGUACCCGUCGCUGUAAUUUUUAUGCCAUCUUCGAAAAAUUGCAAUUGAGGAGGCCUAAUUAACAUAAGCUCUAUAGUUUCUUUUAGGCCUCCUCGCCAUCUCUUCCUACAUUUUUUUUUUGGCAUCUUUAAGUAAUUAUUGUAAUUGUGUGGCAAAUAAAUAAAAUACCUAAAAUACCUAGUUAGUACGCUGUAUCUCAAAGGCAUGCGUAAUUUUCAACUCAUCCACCCUCCAGCAGCUCACUGGUAAAAAUUUAUUUUGUCUGUAAGUAAACUUUUUCCUUUAAAAAUUUCAUGGUCACUUGAAUCAAGGUUUUAACAUAUUAAUCUGAAGGUUAUGGGGUUUUAAAAAUAAGUAUGUUGAGUUUCUGUUUACCCUUGUUGAUUAUUGUAAAAUGUUGAGUUCUGCUGCUAAUUUGGUACUGUUGAAACUCGAAAUCUUCUUGUAAAGCAAAUAUGUUACAAAGAAAUGAGAGUUUCUUGGUAGACCAGUGCAUUGUACUUUUGAUCUUUAAGACCUGUUGUGUUUUGUAUGUUAUUCAUGAACAGUAGCUGAAUGAGUUAACCAUGUUUAAUAACCAAUUUAAUACGCCAUCUGUGGGUUGGUAUGCUUGUCCCUAGUUUGAUUUUCAAAACCAGUCGUUUCAUGCAUUGAGGAGGAAGCCAUGUCCCUGUUGGCAUUGUAUAAUUUAUUAUUGUUUUUGGGCUUAAAUGGUCUUCAUCACUGUUGUUAUUUCAACCCAUCAUUGUGUGGUUUGUCGCCAUUUCAUUUGCCUCAUGUCGCCAUUUCAAGGGCAUGUUGCUUGUCGAAAUUUUACCCGGGAAGGGCGUCAUUAGUAUUUUCUUCAUUGUAACUCAUAAACAAGGUUCUCUGCAGACAAAAUCAGACACAGUGUUGUACAUGCAGUAUGGUGCAGUAUUGCACAGUCACUAAUGAAAGAUAGUAAUAUUAUUGUGGUCAUUUACAUCUACAGGAGGAUGAGGAACAGUGUAGUGAUGGCAAACGUCAUGUGUGCCCACACCCUGACUGUAAUGUAGUGUGUUCCAAAGCAUCCAAAUUGAAGCUUCAUAUGCUAGUGCAUACAGGGGAAAGACCCUUCAAGGUAUCUAAGAAAUUAAAAAAAAAUUUAAAAGUCUUCUGUUGUGAGUUUUUAUUAAAAUUUUCAUUUGUGAGAGUCAAUCAAAUAACUUAGGAAAAUGCUUCUGAAGACCUUUCAUGUGAAUUGCCUCAAAGUUCAGUAAUGAAUACACACACUGUAUGUAUUUUGUUAUACAACAGCUUCCCCCUGAAUGGUUUUAUCAAAGCAUUUGGUUUGUCAUUGUUAUCGUCUUUUUCAUCAAAGCACAAAUAAUUACGCAGUUAACCAUAGUUAACAACGACAUCACUUAAAUGGAGGUUGGGUGCCUGGAGUAUCCAGGGGCAGGGGAUCCACUAUUGGCAGCCAGCCCCUAGAUUGAAAUAAUGCCUCCUUGACUGACACAACAGCGCAACCCAGCCAUUAGCCUCCACCUGAAAUGAAAGGAACAGGCACCCGUCAUACUGAAAACAUCAGUGGAGAAAAACAAACAAAGCCUAGGGGGAGGGGGGGAGGGGAAGAAAAUGGCGGACAGAACCUAGCACAAAGGAAAACUGAACGCGCCAAAGAAUCACAUGAUCAAUGUAGCCAGCUACUGGGCAUGCGCAUGUCAAAGACCGCUGACCUCAGGCACUUAAGGCGCUCUUAGUUGUUAAAUCCUUUAAAUUGCAUUUAGAUGCAUGAUAAGCACUGACUAGUUCCUUGGAAUUAAGUGACCUGCACCCUGACUUGAAGUCAAGCCAUCUUUCUAGCAUCAGAAAACAGUACAGCUGGAAAGAACUGCCCUGGAAAGAAUGGCAGCUUUUUUGAAUGGUGACAUAUUUUAAUAGUCAGAGAUCCAGCCGUUAGGGAAAGCUCGGGAGGGUAUGUACCACCGGAUGGGGUCGCAUUUUCACGACUGGAUUGACUAUUAUGGGGUUGGAUUUUUAUUAAGAGUUACUAGAAUGGGGUUACACGUUUUCAGGAUUUUGAGGGUCAGAAAAUUCAGUUAUGUAGGGAUUUAAAAUAAAAAGAAAGGGUGACCAAGUUAAAAGGCUUUAUAAGGUAGAUGCAUUUAUAUUAAACAGAAAGUGACUAAAAUGGGAUUGCUAAAAUUACUUUUUUCCCAAAGUGACUAUAAAAAAGCGAUGGGUCUAUAAUGUGACCACAGAAUAGACUGUAAUGGGGUAGGGGUUCUAAGAGGCCAGAGGCACAUACUCAGCAAAAAUUAGCCCAAGUAACCCCCCCGCCCAGGGGGGAAAGGUGGAGAUGGGGGCUGCACUCAUCAAGACCAUGUGAUAAGGGGGAGGGCAGUCUCCCUUUUUUCUCCACCCUGCAGGCCUCGUCAUGUUGUCAACAUAUACACAAUGUAAGCGGGGAUUUCGCCUGCAAAAUCAAAGGUUCAAGCCAUGUUGCACAUCAUAACGGAUGGUCACCCAGUUGGAUUUCAACAUCAGAUUAAUGCCUUUUUCAUUGAUUUCAGUGUCCUCAAGAAGGGUGUGAAUGGGCCUUCACAACAUCAUACAAAUUGAAGAGGCAUGUUCGAGGCCACACUGGAGAGAAGCCAUUUCUGGUAGGUUUUUUACACAGUCUUAUUCGGGUUUAACAGGCAUGCCAUGUUCAAUUUUCAAGUACUAAGGGUAACUGUACAUACUUGACCUCUGCUUCUGUUGUUGUGGACAGAUAGAUGGGAACCAAGGAAAAGAAGGGAAGGAUUUAGUCUGGGCAAAGCCCAGCCUGUGUCAGGGUCUCAGAUAGUUGGGAUGUUGCAAAAAUAUAACAAGCCAAGCAAAAAUAUGACGUGCAUGAUCUGAGGGAGGGGGUAGUGGCCCUCUCUUUCCCCAACCCCUACACAAUUUUUACUGCUGUAAAACCUCACAAUCUUGGAGCCUGGAACAGGCUUCCUGAAGCCUGAGGAGUCAAGAGAGUUGAUUAUCUUUUAAAAGUCUGGAUUUAAUGUGUAGGAUAUAAAAAUGUUGCAAAUUGGAUGACUGGUGGACUUUUUUGUUUAACAGUGCACCUAUGAAGGAUGUGGCAAGUGUUUCACCACCGCUUACAACUUGAAGACACAUGUCAGAGCCCACUAUAGAACAGACACCCACAUGUGCAGAUACGAAGGCUGUGACAAGACAUUUCCUACAGCACACAAGCUAAAAGUUCACGAAAGAAGACAUCAAACAGAGAACAAGCCAUAUAAAUGCGAAAUGGAGGGGUGCGGUAAGGUGUUCUCUGCCAAUGGGACUUUAACAGCCGACAUGAAGAUUCACAAUGGCGAGAGGCCGCAUGCAUGCCCUGUAGAUGGAUGUGAGAAAAGAUUUACAAAGGCAUCGAAGUUAAAGCUGCAUUUGAGGUCACAUACGGGUGAAAGGCCAUUUCACUGUGAAGUACAGGUAUAACUAUCAUAUGUUUAUGGUCGAAUCUCUCUCUACUGUAUGUCUCACUUCACCGCAGUGUAUAAAUGAGUGCUGACUGCAAACUGGUGGGUAUAACCCUAUGAUAGACUAACGUUCUAUCCAGUGGGGAGUGGUAAUACCCCUGUGUUCUUCCGUUAUACACUCUGGCCUUAUAGGCCUCUUGGGCUCAAGGUGCACUUAAAACAUUUUUACCCGACAUGUAUUUUAGAUACCGUACUCCCCUAAAUUUCUCUCUUUCCUGUCUGACAGUGAUUUUUGUAGAGAUUUGAUUCAUUUCACAGUGUCUUUUUUGUUCAGGAAUGUGGCUGGUCUUUCACAAGUGCUUAUAAACUUAAGCAGCAUAUGCGGAAACACACGGGAGAGAGACCAUUUACGUGCCUCCAUGGGGGCUGCCUUAAAUCAUUCACAAGAUCAAGUCAUUUAAAGACCCAUGUGCUUGUCCAUACAGGAGAAAAGCCUUAUGUUUGCCCUGUGGACGGUAAGGUUGUUUUCCCAAAUGAAGUUUAUUAUGCAUACCUUUUUUUGCCAAUUAUCUCUUUACAAUAAAAAAAGAUGUGCGAAAACCUUCUCUUGGAAAUUGAAUGGGACACAAUUCUCUCCUCAAGCACUGGAGACAAAAUUUUAAUUUUCAUUAAGAAUUGAUGCCAUUCAGUUAUUCAUAGUCAUGUACCAUACUCUGAGAAAUCAUAAUAACUUGAUUUUUUUGCCAGAGACUGAAAUUCAAGUCUUGCAAAAUUUGACUUUCCCAUUCUUUCAAAUUUGAGGUGCCCACCAAAACUGGAUAGCUUUUGGACUGUUCAUGGUCCCCUAUUUUUCCAUGAAGAUAGUUAUUAUUGAGCACUUAUCACUAUGGGUGGCUAGCUUGGUCUCAUGUAGUGAGGGGGUGGGUGUUGGGAUUUAUAGUAGUAUUAGCGAGGGAGGUGAGAAAAGUAGAAAUAUUUCAUUAUGUUAUGAAUAAAAUUUAUUAAAUAUUGUUCUUGCCUCUUCCCAACCAUCCCCUGCUCCCAAAGUAAAUUUGAAAUGGUACAUUUGAAAGUUGAUCCUCACAAUCGUACAGAAAAAAAGGGGACUGUGAACAGUCUGGAUAGGUAGCAAGGGACUAUUCACAUGAUACCAAAAUGACUUUCAUUCUGGAACGAGCUCACCCCAUCUUAAGAUAAUUUUUCUGUAUUUUUUUACGCGAUGCCAAACAGUCUUUUGGUUCCCACACAAGUCAUUUCGGUUUUCAAUCUGAGUGAAUGAAAUUCUUGUUUUGGUAUGAAAUUUCAUUCUGGUAUCAUGUAAACUGAAAACGAACUUAAUUCUGGAUUGUAAACAGUGUGUAAAUCACAAAUUGUGUAGUCUGGGGUAACUGGCACAUGCGUAUCUGAUGUGGUGCAAAAACCAUGCAAGCGAGAAUAUGCCAAACCAGUGAAUUUUAUGAUGUGAACGCACUACGAACUUCAUUCUGGAAUGAAACUCAUUCCUGAAUGAAAGUCAUUCUGGUAUCAUAUAAACAGUCCCUAAGAUAGAGAAGUUUAAUGUGCCUGUUCAUUUUUUUUAAGGGUGCAACAAGGCAUUUACUGCAGGAAGUAGUCUUAAUGUACACAUGUGUAAACACACUGGUGAGAAACCAUUCAAGUGUGAUAUUGAUGGUUGUGCAAAGACCUACACCACUGCUGCUAACUUAAGGGCUCAUCAGAAGCGACAUGGAAUGAAGGCCGUAGUGGGUAAGAACUUAGACAUGAAGUUGUGCCAAUAAAGUUAAUGCUCUCGCCUGUAAAGAAUGAAAUCAACUUUUGGACAUUCAAUUACCUGUACUAUUCAUAUGGAUAAAAAGAGAUUUUGAAGCAUGGGCAAGUUAGGGUACUUUUGGUGCUUACCUUUUGAUAGAAAAACUUGAAUUGGUUAGGUUGCCCAGUGCAUGAUGAUAUACACUUUCCCUGCUGCCUGCAGAAAUACCUUUUCUGUUACGCUUUGAACUUAACAAAGGCAGGAAUAAAAGGCAUAAAGGAAAAUGUAAAACAAAUGGUAAGCGAUAUUCCAUUUGGCAGCUGUAACCACAUGACCUCCUUUAAGUUUGUUAUUGUUCUGUCUUUACCCCCUACCUUUCCUCCUUGCUCUAAAUGUUCUUUAUUAUACUGUGGUUACCUUCCUUUUUUUCCUACAGUUGAUUUCAAUGAUGCUUCCCAAGGUGACAUGCCUGCAGAGCUUGGUGUAGUUAGCUGCGGGAGCAAUGCUAGUGAAACAGAACCCGAAGUCAUGUACACCACCAUUGGUUCUUUCCACCCAAGCAAUUUUAACCUAGAUGAUGCUGCACGUCUUUCAGCAGUUGGUAUUCAUAUACCCGCUUCAUUGCAGCCAAACACAUUGUGUGCCCUGGUAACUUCCACAGGCAACUCACUUUCCACAGGCAUCCCACUUGUGUCUCCUCCGACUGAACUUGCAUUGGAAACAGAAAAGAAACAGUCAGAAGAUGGAGAAAUGAAGGAAGCAAGUAUAUCAGGAAUUCAAGUGCCAGUCUCAGUUCAACAAGAGCAAUUUGUUACCGAGGACCUAGAAAAUAAUACAAAACUUGAUGUAACGGAGUUCGUCGUGAGAAGUACUAGUGAUGACACAAUUUCACCUGCCGCCCAGGUAAGGACAGAGAUGGUUGGUGUGGACGGAACCAAGCUCUCUGGAAACUUUGAUUUGUGUAUAACCAGCAUGAUGAGUCAUAUAACAAGUGAAGCGAGACAAGAUGGAACUGGAGGACACCCUACUGUUAAAAGUGUUGUGUCAUCAGGUCGGUCUCGUAAAAGGUCCAGAACUCUUGACUUUCGAGAUGUUCACCCUGAGGAUCAGUUUGCGCCGCCUGCUGUUAUAUUUCAGGUGUGUUUUUGUAAGUUUCGUAUGUUAAAACAUUCGCCCCUGAUACGCCCGUGUGUAUCCAAGUCCCUAACCUUCUCCUGCUUGUGACGUCAUUAGGACAACUUUGUCAUCUCACUUGUGCAGGGUGAAGAGAUCUUCAAACCAUACCAUAAUGAGCAAGAUCCAGUCAAGGUGGCCGGAGAAAAGGGAAAAAAAACACGUAACGUUAACCCGAAAAUUCCUCUUGUUCCACUUCCCACCGACCUUUCCUUUCAUCUAAUCGCAAGAUCCUAAAUGCUUUCCUAAAUUAAAAGCUUUUCCCACCAAACUGAAGCCUUCUAAAAUGCCCAGUAAAAGAAAAAAAAGUGGAGGAAGAAAAGCAGAAGAAGAGUGGAGGAGAUAAAUUUUGCUCUCUGCGCAUACCUGAGCUUCAAAAGCUAUUCUCUUGCAUCUAGAUCCUUGGCUUCUUGACGUAAGACAUUGCAUAAACCUUCAUUUUGAGCUCCUGAGGUUGCAUAAUUGUUAGGCCAAAAAAUGUGAUUGUAAUUUGACAUCUGUUGGUUUGCAGGAUGAAGUCAAGUCCUCAGACACUGAAAAUGAGGCUGAAGUCUUAGUGGCUCAGAUCCAGCAGUCCCCUGAGGGAAUUGCCACGGUUCAUAUUCCCAGGGAUUCGUUUCAAAUCAAUUUACCCCACGGACCAGUAACUGAUUCAACAACAGCUCAUGUACCGGAAGUGGAACAUGUGGAUGUCAAUACAUGUGGUAACCAUGGUAACACCAUUGAGAUUCCUUUAGAAGCUAAUUCAACGCUACCCGGUGCGUCUGCGCAAAGUGAAGUUAUGGAAAAAGGAGGCUUAUCUCCAUAUAUGGACAAUCAAAGCUCUUCAGAGCAAGACGAAGGGAACGGAGACACUUAUCCAGAAAGCACAAUUAAUUUACAAGACCUCCGAUAA